AUGCCGUUCCACUCGCCGGAGACGCUGCGGCCCUUCGACCUGCACUUCGGCGGCCUGCCAGCCUUCUUCGCUCGUCGGCGCAGGAAGGACGCUCGCCAGCGGCGGCAGCGGACCACCUUCACAUCGGAGCAGACGCUGCGGCUCGAGAUGGAGUACCACCGCAACGAGUACAUUUCCCGGCCGCGCAGAUUUGAGCUUGCUGAAAGCCUGGAUCUCACUGAAACGCAAAUAAAGAUUUGGUUUCAAAACCGGCGGGCGAAAGACAAGAGAAUCGAGAAAGCCCAAGCGGACCAGCAAUACCGGUGUAUGGCGCUGGCAUCGGGUCUGGGCAGCGGUCUCGCUGGUGGCGGUCUGGCCAGCGGCUGUCUGCCCGCCGGCUACGGGGAGCCAUCACUGAACUGCAGCCUCUGCUACAUCAAGCCGCCGGCGGCGACGGUGGCGGCGACGUCUCCGCUGCUCGCGCCGCCCGCGUCAUCCUACCGAUAGAGCCGGGU